AGCAUUAGGAGAUAUACCUAAUGUAAAUGACGAGUUAAUGGGUGCAGCACACCAACAUGGCACAUGUGUACGUAUGUAACAAACCUGCACAUUGUGCACAUGUACCCUUAGAACUUAAAGUAUAUAUAAAAAAACAAAAACAAAAACCGGGUUUCACCAUUUUGCCCAGGCUGGACUUGAACUCCUGACCUCAAGUGAUCCUCCUGCAUCAGCCUCCCAAAGUGUUGGGAUUAUAGGCCUGAGCCACCGUGCCUGGCCUGUUAGAUAACAUUUUAAGCAAAAUUUUAUUUUAUUUUAUUUUUAUUUUAUUUUAUUUUUUGAGAUGGAGUCUUACUCUUGUUGCCCAGGCUGGAGUGCAAUGGUAUGAUCUCGGCUCACUGCAACCUCCGCCUCCCAGGUUCAAGUGAUUCUCCUGCCUCAGCCUCCCAAGUAGUUGGGAUUACAGGCGCCUGCCAUCACGUCCUGCUAAUUUUUGUAUUUUAGUAGAGAUGGGGUUUCACCAUAUUGGCCAGGCUGGUCUUGAACUCCUGACCUCAGGUGAUCCGCCCGCCUCGGCCUCCCAAAGUGCUGGGAUGACAGGCGUGCGCCACCGCACUCGGCCUUAAGCAGAAUUUUAAAUGAAAGGUUUAAGUGGAGCCUAACGGAAAUGCAGGUUUCAAGUCAGAGGCAAAACAGAGAGAUCGAGUGUGAAUGUGGUAAAACAGUGUGAGUUGAUGUUUGAGAGGGUGGUUCUUCCCCGCUGAGUUGUUUGGAAUUAGACGCAGGGAUGGGCCCUAGGGGAGGAGCCGGAGGCCCGGGACGCCGCGUGCCAGGCGCUGCCAGCAGGGGGCACCCGAGGCCUCCCGCCCUCCCUGCCUUGUGCCCUACGCGGAUCGGGCGUCCGGUGGAUGCGGCAGACACACUACCGCCUGAAUCGCGCCUGCUGUUUUACAUUUUUAUUAGAACAAACAGCCUUCCGGGCAGAGCUCCUUAGGGACGCGGGGAAAAAUAACCCCAGUCUGCCCCCUAAAUUAAUACUUUGAACACACAGUGCAGCAAAUGGAGUAUAUUCAUCGCGGUCUUCAGAUUUCCUUGGUCUGCGUCCUGCGACACAGGGAUCUAUCCAGGCUGUGGCCAGGGCACAUUCGUCCUCAAAUGAGAGGAUUGGAGUGAGUGGGAAGUGUGCGUCCUCAACAGCAGCGCGCCUGUUUACAGUCUUCAAAGGCGCUCAAUGAUGGACACCCGUCACCUUCCGGGAGUCUGUUGGAGAGAGGAUUUGGGAUGGGCACCGCCACUUCCAAGAUGGCCCUAGAGGCUGGGCCGUUCCUAUGUGCAUUCGGCAGAGGCCACUCUUCCUUCACUCCAGCUGACCCAGGAAGGAGGAGGAUAGAAGCCACGUUUGGCGGAGCCUGUUUGCCGGUGGUCAUUCUGCUGGGGACACAGGUGCAUGACCUUGCUCCCCGGAUCCCAGGGAGGACUGGCCGACCUGGUGCCAGCACAGGACGGCACGAUGGGUGGGAGCACCCGGGCUUUGGACCUAGAAGCACAGGCUCGCCGCUAAAUCCCUCCCAGCUGUGCUGGUUUUGAGGCCCUCAGUUCGUUAGCGUGCACUGUGGAGACCACCUCUCCCUCUCCUGGUGGCUAUUGGGGUUUGAAAUAGCCCCCAAAAGCACAGUGUGCUGGCGCACUGCCUGCCUGGCAGGACAGGCCCCACGCAGCCCCCCUCACUGCCUGCACAAUGUAACUGCACCGCGACCUGUGCACCUGGGGCAGAGCCUGCACGGUGUAACUGCGCAGCGUCCCGUGCACCGGGGGUGGAGCCUGCAGGGUGUAACUGCGCAGCGUCCUGUGCACCUGGGGCGGAGCCUGCACGGUGUAACUGCGCAGCGUCCGGUGCACCUGGUUGUCGGCGGUUGAGGCGGGGCCAUGCGUGGGUUUGUGCCCCCAGCACCUGCACGGUGACGCGGCUUGUGAGUUUGGAGCAUGGCUUCAGGUUGUUGUGGUCACCAGAGUGGUUAUGCUGAUGCCUGUUUCAUAAGCGAUUCUGUUUGAAGGGAAGGAUCUUGAGAUUCGUGAUAUAUAAGUAAAGCAGAUACCAAGAAGCCUCAGAAAAAGCUGAGGCGGUGUUUGGAGGAGACAGCAGAGGCGGCGUCCCUCUGAGGGUCUAGGGUAGCUAUUGGGCAACCUGACAUCAGUGCAGCCGCGGGUGCCCCUUGGUCCCUGCAGCCCGCAGCACCCACUCUUUGGAGACUUGGCACCUGUGCCCCAGUGUGGAUCGGGAGCUCCUCUCUGAAGGGGCACCUCGCGCACGGGGGUGCCACACGGGGACCUGAGAUGUACCAAGUACUUGUGAGCCUGUGCCGCAGCCACAGGUGUGCCCAGCAAACAGGUGUGUGUCCUGUGGAUGCAGCUGUCUGCCCACAGGUGUGUCCUGUGAACAGCGGUGUGUCUUGUGGCCAGGGGUGUGUCCGUUAGAUGGUGUGCUCCUCCAGGCCAGGGCAGGUGCUUCCCACACAGAAUACGGGUUGUGAGCUCAAGUCUGCUGCUUGCGUGUCGAGCCUGAGUAGCCCCGGGUGCUUCUGUUUUGGGGUUGCAGCUGCUCUUCUACCACAGUGGGGUUGAUGUGGCCCCACGAGCGGAUUUCUGAUGCUGAGAGAUUAUCGAAUUUGAAAUGUAAAUUCAAAUAUUCUCCUAGAACUUCCCUGUUCUGGGCUUAGAGAGAUUAUGUGUAUUCUUAAUAUUUCCAUAGCUGACUAAUCUCUUUUGAAGAUUAUCGUUUUUUGUCAGGGUGUGGUGGUUCACGCCUGUAAUUCCAGUGCUUUGGGAGGCCGAGGUGGGAAGAUCGCUUGAGCCCAAGAGUUUGAGACCAGCCUGGGCAACAAAGCAAGACUCCUGUCGCUACAAAAAAUGAAAAAGUUAGCCAGGCAUUGGGGUGUGCACCUGUGGUCCUAGCUACUUGGGUGGCUGAGGCAAGAGGAUUGCUUGAGCCCAGGAGUUGGAGGCUGCCGUGAGCCGAGAUCGUGCCACUGCAAAAGAUUGUUACUUUUUUCCUUUUAGUGGAUAGAUAACUUUUUUUUUUUUUUUUGAGACGGAGUCUUGCUCUGUCACCCAGGCUGGAUGGAGUGCAGUGGCUCGAUCUCAGCUCACUGCAAGCUCCGCCUCCCGGGUUCACGCUAUUCUCCUGCCUCAGCCUCCUGAGUAGCUGGGACUACAGGCACUCGCCACCACGCCCAGCAAAUUUUUUGUAUUUUUAGUAGAGACGGGGUUUCACCGUGUUAGCCAGGAUGGUCUCGAUCUCCUGACCUCGUGAUCCACCCGCCUCGGCCUCCCAAAGUGCUGGGAUUACAGGCGUGAGCCACCGCGCCUGGCCUGACAGAUAACUUUUUUCCCAAAUGAAAAUUUUAUUUAUUUAUUUUUUUAACUAUAAAAUCUCUGAGUAUAUAACUGAUUUUAAGCUGCCCUGAUUGGAUUGAAAUACAUUAUUAAAUGUAUUUCAGAACUUUUGAUUUAAGUUGAACUUAUGUGGAGGUGUGAACCGUUGUGAGGUAGCCUCUGCUUCUGUGAAAUCUUACGUGGAGGUGUGGACCGUUGUGAGGUAGCCUCUGCUUCUCUGAAAUCUUACGUGGAGGUGUGGACCGUUGUGAGGUAGCCUCUGCUUCUCUGAAAUCUUACGUGGAGGUGUGGACCGUUGUGAGGUAGCCUCUGCUUCUGUGAAAUCUUACGUGGAGGUGUGGACCGUUGUGAGGUAGCCGCUGCUUCUAUAAAAUCUUACGUGGAGGUGUGGACCGUUGUGAGGUAGCCGCUGCUUCUGUGAAAUCUUACGUGGAGGUGUGGACCGUUGUGAGGUAGCCACUGCUUCUAUAAAAUCUCUGGCAUUUUUUUUGUUGUUGUUUUCAUAGUUCUCCUUAAUUCUUACAGGCUCUGUUUUCCUGAUGAAUAAAGAGACGUUUUAUUCACGUAGGAAAUUAAAUAUGAUCGGUCAGCUUCCUAGCCUGGAUACAGGGUGCCUGGAGCUUUUGACGGUUCCCAUCACGUGGCCCGGAGCCAGGUGUCACUUGUGGACCCCCCAGCUUCGGGAUUGAAUGGUUGUUUUCCUGGGUUUGAAGUGUGUUUUGGUCACUUCCCCGAUGCCUAGUUAAUCUGGGUGAAGCUGUGCCUGGUGGGACACCCGCCCUGCCCUCCUGGGGCUCUGAGAUGCUCUCCGGUCAAGAACCACCCAGUGGCCUCAGCACAUGACCCCCUCCCCACAGCCUGCUCCUAACGUCACGUCUUCCUUUUCGGCAGCUCCUUGUUCUGCUUGCACCCACACGCGUUUGCCUCCAGCCCUCAAGCCCGGGGCCAGUGUGGGGCGGGAUGGGGCCUUUGUUCUCUGCCGCCGUUGAGGCAGCACCUGGAGUCAGGCGGGGGCCUGGUCUUGGCAUCUUGGGGGCUUGAGGCCCUUCCUGUAAUGGUCAGCGGUCACCGCCGUCACAGCCCUCGUGCCCAGCGGGGAGGAAGUGAAGGGGAGGCUGGGCCCGGUCUUCUGCAGCGCGUCUCCCGACAGGCAACACCGGCUGUGGGGGCCUGGGAACCCCGCACCAUCCAAGGAGGGGGGAUGGCCCAGGACACCGGCUGUGGGGGCCUGGGAACCCCGCACCAUCCAAGGAGGGGAUGGCCCAGGACACCGGCUGUGGGGGCCUGGGAACCCCACACCAUCCAAGGAGGGGGGAUGGCCCAGGACACCGGCUGUGGGGGCCUGGGAACCCCGCACCAUCCAAGGAGGGGGGAUGGCCCAGGAUACCGGCUGUGGGGGCCUGGGAACCCCGCACCAUCCAAGGAGGGGCUGGCCCAGGACCCUGAAGGCAGAGACAGGCACAAAAGCUUCUCUCUCCUUUCUACCUCAUCUUCCCAGCCUGUGAAAUGUGAGACAGAAUAAUUACUUUUCUCAGGACAUUUUAGGCUGGGCGUGGUGGCUCACGCCUGUAAUCCCAGCACUUUGAGAGGCCGAGGCGGGUGGAUCAUCUGAGGUCAGGAGUUUGAAACCAGCCUGGCCAAAAUGGUGAAACCCCAUCUCUCCUAAAAAUACAAAAAUGUCAGCCAGGCGUGGUGGCGGGUGUCUGUAGUCCCAGCUACUCGGGAGGCUGAGGCAGGAGAAUGGUAUGAACCUGGGAGCGGAGCUUGCAGUGAGCGGAGAUCAAACCACUGCACUCCAGCCUGGGGGACAGAGCGAGACUCCGUCUCAAAAAAAAAAAAAAAAAAAAAAAAAAUUCUGUCAUGACUAAGUGAAGGUGUGUAUGUCGUAACCAGUCGGAGCCCAGGAGUGUGUGAUACAAAACUGCUGAGCCCCCGGCCCCGGCCCCGUCCCCCAUGAGGGCUGCAUGUGGGGGCUCCUUGCCAGAAGGACAUGGAAUAUUCCCACGCUCGCUUAGUUUUCUCCUAUUAAACACAUUUAGCAUUUCAGGUGAGUCCUACUUGACUCAUCAGCUGGAGAAUGGGGUUUGUAACAGGAGAGACCCAACCACUGUUUCUUUCCCAGGCAGGGCUGUGGGGUGAACGUGUCCCCUUACGAUUUGUCUGUGGAAGUUCUAGCCCCCUAGGACCCCAGAAUGUGACCUUAUUGGAAACAGGGUCACUGUGGAUAUGAUUAAUUAAGAUGAGGCCGUGGGGGUGGGCCCCUACUCCCGGAUGACUGGUGUCCUUGUGAAAGGGUGACAUUUGGACACAGACGUGCACACCGGGAGAAGCCGUGUUGAGACAGAGGCAGAGCUGGUGCGAUGCCUCCACACAGAACGCCGGCUGGGGGAGGGGCUGGAACAGGCACCGGCUCGGCCGACAUCCUGAUUCUGGACUUGAGAAUACGUUUCUGUUGUCUGAGCCUCCCAGGCUUGAUAGGGCGGCCCCAGCAGACGAGAACAGGCGGAGGACUCACAUCCCUGAGUCUAAGGAGAGACAGGAGAGACUCCGGGACGGGGUGCACCCAAUUCAGAAAUGAUUCUGUGUGUCCUGUGACUCUGUGAGGCAGGGCUGUCUUCUGAUGAGGGGGACCCAGAGACCAGUCGUGUCUCAGACGUCCAGGGCGCUGGCAGCCGCAGGGCCUGAGCUCCCUCCUGCCCUGUCCCAGUGCCGGGCAGGGACCCAGGCCUAAGCCAGGCAGCCUCCCUCCUCCAGAAGACUUCAGCUCGUUUGAGCUCAGAGUUUUGGAAAUUUUCAGGACUAAGGCUAUGAUCCUUAUUCUGUGGGUUUUUUGUGUAAGAAGUUUUUUGUUUUUUGUUUUUUGUUUUUUUGAGAUGGAGUCUCACCCUGUCGCCCAGGCUGGAGUGCACUGGCGCGAUCUCAGCUCACUGUAGGCUCCGCCUCCCGGGUUCACUCCAUUCUCCUGCCUCAGCCUUCUGAAUAGCUGGGACUACAGGCGCCCGCCACCACGCCCAGCUGCUUUUUUGUAUUUUUAGUAGAGACGGGGUUUCACCGUGUUGGCCAGGAUGGUCUCGAUCUCCUGACCUUGUGCUCCACCCGCCUCGGCCUCCCAAAUUGCUGGGAUUACAGGCGUGAGCCACCGCGCCCAGCCUGGAAGUUUUAUUCUUUUUCCUUAAGAAUGUUUCUUCAAGCGUGAGGGACGGCCACAGUGUGGGCCAUUUAACCGAGUUCUCAGUUUGGGUUAGAGUUGCUCAGCCACGGCUAGGUGUUCUCAUCGUUCCUGGGAUAUGCCAGUUGCCGUAUGUGGGAUUCUGUUCAGAACCCCAUUAGCCUCAAGCACAGAAACACGUGGCAGACGUCCCACCCUGGACGCACUGGUGCCCUCCGGCGUUUGCUGCCCUGCUUCAGGCGGAGACACAGGCCUCCCGCUGCACACCUGUGGAUGGGCUCUCACAGUCUGUAGAAGAGGCGACACCAGGGCUUCCAAAUGAACAACCGAAAGGAAGAUAUGGAAAUCGCGUCCCACUACCGGCACCUGCUGCGGGAGCUCAACGAGCAGAGGCAGCACGGCGUCCUGUGCGACGUCUGCGUGGUCGUGGAGGGCAAGGUCUUCAAGGCGCACAAGAACGUCCUGCUGGGCAGCAGCCGCUACUUCAAGACGCUCUACUGCCAGGUGCAGAAGACGUCGGAGCAGGCCACGGUCACGCACCUGGACAUCGUCACGGCCCAGGGCUUCAAGGCCAUCAUCGACUUCAUGUACUCUGCGCACCUGGCGCUCACCAGCAGGAACGUCAUCGAGGUGAUGUCAGCCGCCAGCUUCCUGCAGAUGACGGACAUCGUGCAAGCCUGCCACGACUUCAUCAAGGCGGCGCUGGACAUCAGCAUCAAGUCGGAUGCCUCAGAUGAGCUUGCGGAGUUCGAGAUCGGCGCCUCGUCCAGCAGCAGCACGGAAGCUCUCAUCUCGGCCGUGAUGGCCGGGAGGAGCAUCUCCCCGUGGCUGGCACGGCGAACGAGUCCUGCCAAUUCUUCCGGAGACUCGGCCAUCGCCAGCUGUCACGACGGAGGGAGCAGCUACGGGAAAGAGGAUCAGGAGCCCAAGGCCGACGGCCCUGAUGAUGUUUCUUCGCAGCCUCUGUGGCCUGGAGACGUGGGCUACGGGCCUCUGCGCAUCAAGGAAGAGCAGGUUUCACCGUCUCAGUACGGAGGGAGCGAGCUGCCUUCUGCCAAGGACGGUGCAGUACAGAACUCUUUCUCAGAGCAGAGUGCUGGUGAUGCCUGGCAGCCCACGGGCCGAAGGAAGAAUCGGAAAAACAAAGAGACCGUCCGGCACAUCACACAGCAGGUGGAAGAUGACAGCCGGGCCAGCUCCCCGGUGCCGUCCUUCCUGCCGACGUCGGGGUGGCCGUUCAGCAGCCGAGACUCAAAUGCGGACCUGUCCAUCACCGAAGCCAGCAGCUCCGACAGCCGAGGAGAGAGGGCCGAGCUCUAUGCACAGGUGGAGGAGGGUCUCCUGGGAGGAGAAGCCAGCUAUCUGGGCCCUCCCCUCACCCCGGAGAAGGACGACGCCCUGCAUCAGGCCACCGCGGUGGCCAACCUGCGCGCGGCGCUCAUGAGUAAGAACAGCCUGCUGUCGCUGAAGGCCGACGUGCUGGGGGAUGACGGCUCCCUGCUGUUCGAGUACCUGCCCAGAGGGGCCCACUCGCUGUCCCUGAAUGAGUUCACGGUGAUCAGGAAGAAGUUCAAGUGUCCGUACUGCAGCUUCUCGGCCAUGCACCAGUGCAUCCUCAAGCGACACAUGCGCUCGCACACGGGAGAGCGGCCCUACCCCUGCGAGAUCUGCGGGAAGAAGUUCACGCGGCGCGAGCACAUGAAGCGGCACACGCUGGUCCACAGCAAGGACAAGAAGUAUGUGUGCAAGGUGUGCAGCCGCGUCUUCAUGUCCGCCGCCAGCGUGGGCAUCAGGCAUGGCUCCAGGCGCCACGGUGUGUGCACCGACUGUGCUGGCCGCGGCAUGGCCGGGCCCCUGGACCAUGGCGGCGGAGGCGGCGAGGGCUCUCCAGAGGCGCUGUUCCCAGGUGACGGGCCCUAUCUGGAGGACCCUGAGGACCCACGAGGGGAGGCGGAGGAGCUGGGCGAGGACGACGAGGGCCUGGCCCCUGAGGAUGCGCUGUUGGCGGACGACAAGGAUGAAGAAGACUCGCCGCGGCCGCGCAGCCCCCCAGGAGGCCCUGACAAGGACUUCGCCUGGCUCUCCUAGGCCCGCCCGCCGGCAGGGUCGGUGGCUGCCUCGCUUCAUCCACCCGUGUGUGUGUCCGGUGGGUCUCCACUGCGGGGCCAGGGCCACGCUCACCCCUCUCGCGGCCCCUCCUCUGCUUCCCCCUGAACCCACCCCUCACGGAAACCAGCCCUGUGGGCUAAGCAGGUGCGACCCCAGCAAGAGGGGUGCUCUGGGACCAGACAUGAAGUGAGUUGGGGGAGGGCACAGGGUGGGUUUGAGUGAAGGAAGAGCACGGUCCUAAGUCCCCAGCAGGUGGUGCGGGUGUGUGAGUGGCCCCUGUGAUGGCCAGCCUGGCUUGGACACGUGAUGGGCCUGUGGCCAGGUCCAGUGGGCACUGGGCGGGGUGGCGUGUUCGGCCCAGAGGCCCCUGGCCUGAGCAGGUGCAGAGUUUUACAGACACCCGGUCAGCCCGGCUGGAGCCCGCCCUCCCCUCCCCUAGCAGCCAGGUCACUGCCUGUGGCUGCAGCCGUGGCCCGUGGCAGCCUGUAGAAUCCAGGUGCACAGAGAGCCCUGCCACCGUCUUACCUCUGGGCUUUGGUGCUUAACACACAACACAGCUGCAGACCCUGCUGGAGGCCGAGGGCUCCAGGUGCUAUCUUAGGUGGACACAGCCCUGGGGGCUCCUUCCAGGAGGGGACCCUCAGCCCUGUGCCCCCCACCACUUCAGGCCACACCAGGUUCCCUCUGCAAGGGCCUCGGCUCAGUCGUGUGCACUUCCUCGGAGAGCCUUGGGCUGCCACAUCCACCCCGGGCUCUGCCCGUCCUGUUCUGCCCAUGGCCCAGCCCGGCCGCUCCUGCUGACCCCUCCUGGACGGGCUGGAGCUGGGCUCCUGCCUUUGCUGCUAACACUGGAGGCGGUGUUCCUAACUGCAGUGUGCUGCUUACACCUCCCCGCGUGGGUAACCAAAUUUUUAAGUAGUCAGAGACAUAUCGAGGUAGUUACAUAAAAUUAUUUUGUUUGGCAUUAUUUUUCUCACUCGAAGAAACUAUAUAGGGUUGUUUUUCCUUUAGCUUGUGCUCAAGUCCUCUUGCUGUGUUUUCAGAAGCACUCACAUGUUCUUUCUUUUCCUGAGUGAAAAGCAAAGGUCCCAGGGUGUGUGCUGUGGUGCACCACCUGGCUUUGGGGGUCCUGGAGGCAGGCUGCCUAGACUCACAGCCUCGGGACAGUUGCCACGGCCUGUCUUCUCGUUCAGGCCUGCCUCUGACAGCACUCACCACGAGGACAUUCCAUCCUUCACCCCCUCCUCUGGCACAGGCUACCACUGCGGUGCUGUGCCUUCAGAUGGGAGGUGGGCGCAGUGGCCUCCUCCUUCCCUCCAGGACCUGCCCGUGUGAAGACCCCCCGGAGUGCUGAGCUUCAGGGCUGCGUGGAAGGAGUUUUUACUCUCUUUUUCUAGCCUGUAUACCAGGCUUUUCCUCACAUUGUCAGGUAGAGCACCAGCUUCCCUGACCGCUGCUGCUCGGGGAGGGCUGGGGCUGGCCGGGGGUCCUGUGGAGGAGUACAUGGAGGACUCCAGGUACAGCGCAGGAGUCACGGCUUUUGUUUUUUUGACAUCGGCCCCCGGUUCUACCAAUGACAGGGUGCCCUGGCUGGAGCUGUCAUCACACACACCCCUCAGCUCGGAGGCUGUGGGCUCCUCAAAGCUGGAGAAAGAGGCCAAGAUUUUUCUGCACACGGAGUGUGGGGAUAGGAGCCGGGGCAAGCGCUGGCCCCUCAGCGGUGAGCCCUGCCCACUCUUACCGAGCAAGGUGGGUGGCUCUGGCACGAGUCCCCCAGGGGGACAGCAUGGCUACCAGGGAGCUGCAGCGGAGCCCUCCAGCCCUCACCCCAGGCCAGCCCCACCCCGGCCUCUUUGAGAAUUCUCAGAACUUUGUACCUUUCCCCUGAUUUUUAAACCCUUUUUCUAAACAGACUGACUUUCUUAUAAAAUGCAUUUGGAAACCAGACCUUUGCUACCCACCAAUGUCUCUGGGUUUUGUACCAGUCCCUGCUCUCAGGCCACCCUGCCCAGGACCCGGGCCCGCCUCCCCCUCCACACUCAGGAUGUCCUGCUCCAUCUGGCCGGCUCACUCCGUGUGGCCUGCCUUUGCUGACCGUUUUGGGGUUCCCCGUCGGAGCUACAGGGGCAUUUUCUUCCCUAAAACCAACAGUGUCCCACUGACCUCCCCAAGUGUUUGCUGCGUGGCAGAUUUCCUGUUCUUGUUCGCAGUUUGCCGACUGAAGAGUGUGGGAUUUCCGAGGCCCAGGUGAGCACGUCCAUCUCAGGAGGCGUGGAGGGAAAAGACAUGUCAUGAAGGGUUUUUUUUAUGUGACUGAUUUUUUUUUUAAAUCGAUGUUCAAACUAAUAAAUAUUUUUUUAUGAAGAGGAAAAAUGUGUAGAUUACAUUUCACAUUUUGUAUUUUUGUUUGUGUCUGUUUGUAUUUUGGUGUUUACAACACCAAAGUGGGAAAUACAGUCCAUUGGGGAUAGUGUUAUUUGGGGGUGGGGAGGGGGCAGGGACACCACGAUUUUUCUGUCAAGCUCUGGAUCCUGACCAGGUUGUACACUGGGGCUCUCUGAGCUUUGGGACACAGGACACUGCCAGGGCUACGUAGGGAACUGACUCAGAAGACGCAGCUUACUGCUUCCAACUUUGCACAUCUUCCUCUUUAAAAAACUGAGAAAAUGCAAAAACUGGAACUUUUUGCAAUAUUAUAAAAGUAAUCUUAUUUUAGCUCAUUCUGUGACAUGUGCGACUCUUAAGAAAGCCAUACUUAAUGGUGGUGGUUUUUAUUUUUUAGAUCUUAUAUUGUGUUUUGUAUGCAGCCCUUUUAGAACUACUUGUAGUGAGGGUGCUGUGUGUGCUUUUCUUAAAUAUUUAUUUUUUCAACAUGCUUUCAACCUGUCAACAAAAAACACACACAAAAAAGGGCAGUGUUUGAAGAUUGUUGAUUUUUUUCUGGGGAUAAUCUAUAUUAUAUUGACUUCCUAUUACUUAUUAUAAACCUGUGUUUGUAUUGGAGAUGUGUCUACUAUUGGGGGAAGAGGUUCUCGUAAUCGCUCGGUGGGAAAUCAUGGCUCUGCCGUCCUGCCUCUCUGUGGCCGUGGGUUCACGUGGCCUCUGCGGUGAGUCUCCAAGUUUCUGCCUAGGCGCCUGUGCGUUUCCUUUCUGUGACGGGAUUAGCUUAGACAUCCUUGCAAAGCGAUCACUUUCAAUAAAUUGGGAAAUUGCUGCUCCA